CAGCGGGGUGUAGGCAAGGGCAGGGGAGUGGGCGAAGCUGCUGGUUGGUGCCUGAAAUCUGUGCGUUGCCCCUUUAAUUGUGUCCCCAGCCCUCGGGCGUUUCUGUCCAACGCCCACGUCAGCAAAUACCUUUUGUUUCUCUCACGUUGGGGCUACUUGUUUUAGGGCGCAAAGGAACGGCUUCGAAAGGGGGUAUUUCCUCUGCCGAGAACCGGGAAUCUUACCCCGGCCCGCGCACGCGACCCGCCGGUGCGCCUCGGCCCGCGAAUGGAGAUCUCCUCUCAUCAGUCUCACCUCCUGCAACAACUGAAUGAGCAGCGCAGGCAGGAUGUAUUUUGUGACUGCAGUAUUCUGGUUGAAGGAAAGGUCUUUAAAGCCCAUCGAAAUGUAUUAUUUGCUAGUAGCGGCUACUUUAAAAUGCUUCUUUCCCAGAACUCCAAGGAGACAAGUCAGCCAACCACAGCGACAUUUCAGGCUUUCUCCCCUGACACUUUUACAGUUAUCCUGGACUUUGUCUAUUCCGGCAAGCUCUCUCUCACAGGUCAGAAUGUCAUAGAAGUGAUGUCCGCUGCUAGCUUCCUUCAGAUGACUGAUGUCAUUAGUGUAUGUAAGACCUUUAUUAAAUCUUCAUUAGACAUUAGUGAAAAAGAAAAGGAUCGCUAUUUCAGCCUUUCGGAUAAAAAUGCCAGCUGUGAUGGUAUAGAACGCUCCUCUUUUUAUAGCGGCGGCUGGCAAGAUGAAAGCAGUUCUCCACAUUCUCACCUAAGCCCAGAUCAAGGAACAGGUAUAAGUGGGAAAUCUUGGAGUAAAUAUAAUUACCAUCCAGCCUCCCAAAGGAAUACUCAACAGCCUCUGGCCAAGCAUGAACAAAGGAAAGAUUCCAUUAAAAAAUCCAAACAUUUGAGGUUGUCACAGCCUUCUGAAAUGGCUCAUUAUAAGUCAAGCAAACGAGAAGCACGAACAUCUGAUUCUUCCAGCCACAUUUCGCAAUCUGAAGAACAGGCACAAAUGGAUGCGGAAAUGGACUCUACUCCUGUUGGCUAUCAGUAUGGUCAAGGAUCUGAUGUCACAUCAAGAAGUUUUCCAGAUGACCUGCCCAGGAUGAGGUUCAAGUGCCCGUACUGCACACAUGUGGUAAAGCGGAAGGCAGACCUCAAGCGCCACCUUCGUUGUCACACAGGAGAAAGGCCCUAUCCCUGUCAAGCUUGUGGGAAAAGAUUUAGCCGGCUAGACCAUCUAAGUAGCCAUUUUCGAACAAUUCACCAGGCAUGCAAACUCAUCUGCAGAAAAUGCAAACGCCAUGUGACUGAUCUAACAGGUCAAGUGGUACAGGAAGGAACCAGGCGCUACAGACUCUGUAAUGAGUGCCUUGCUGAAGUUGGCAUAGACAGCCUCCCCAUUGAUUUGGAAGCUGAACAGCAUCUUAUGUCCCCAUCAGAUGGAGAUAAGGAUUCCAGAUGGCACUUGGGUGAAGAUGAGAAUAGAUCAUACGUGGAGAUUGUAGAGGAUGGGUCUGCUGAUCUGGUCAUACAACAGGUUGAUGAUAGUGAAGAAGAAGAAGAAAAGGAAAUAAAGCCCAACAUCAGGUAGCUGGGAUGUGAACCAACAGAUCUGGCAUGUCUGCAACUUACAUUGACUUCCCAUAACUCUCUCUUUCCAUGGUCAGAGUCUGGUUAACAAAUUAUCAGACUGACUUGAAAGUAAUGACCUGAUAUCACUUGCAUGCUUUCUGAACAGGCCAUUGUAUCCAUUCUGAACUUUGUUGCCCUAAAAUCUGUUGCUGCACUGGAAAGAAGGACCUAGCUUGAGUUGGCAUGAUGGAUGAACAAUUAAUCUUCUUACUUUUAUUACAGAGAUACCUUUUUUUUUAAUAUUGGAAGAUCUACUUAGUGAACUUUUUUCAAAGAAAAUAUUUUAAAUAAAUUCACCACAACCAAACUGUAUAUAAGAUAAUUUCAAGGUGUUUCAAAAACAUAUAAACUACCACUAUUGAAUUUUCACAGGGAACGAGGUAAGAGCACAUGUAAGGGUCUGGCACCCUACCUGACUAAACUAAUUAGUCUAUUACCUUCAGACCGAAAAUGACCUAUCAUUAUUCCAAUAUCCUAAAUGUUUUAGAAUUACGGCAGAAAACAAACCUAAACUGUUUGAAAUCGUUCAUAUUUGAAACUUUUGUCAUUAAGUUAAAAAUUACUCUUAUGUAGUCAGUGUUUAAAAAGAACAAACUCUAAAAUAGAAGCUGACCAGAGAUUAUAUACAGACAUCAUUUUCUUAAAGCAGGAAACUAAUACUGUCAAGGUAGUUUUUUGAGGAUCUGUCUAUAUAGCUCUCUUCCUCUCUAGAGAAAAAAAGAAAACUGGAGGUUCUUACCAGUUCUUAAGAUUAAUUUCCUCCAUUUAUAUACUGCUAUAUUACUUAUAAAGUGCUCUUUCACACAUCUCCUCACCUAAUCAGCAAGGUAAAUAGUAUUGUCUCUGAUUUACAAAUGAGGAAAUUAAGGUCAGAAAGUUUAAGUCGUGGGACUGGUGACUAGACAGGUUUUGAUUUUAAACAGUCCUCUUUCAACUGUCUCUCCCUGGAUAGUCCCCUGAAAUGGUGAAGAAGUGAAGUCAAACCUCACCAAUCUGCAAUAAUUAUAAAAAGAAGCCUAUGAGAAUUAGAAAGUAUGAAAGAAGAGGAAUUUAAUCAUCUUCAACAACAUAUAAUAUCUUGAAUUAGAGUUAUUCAAGUAGUGCUAAGUAAUGUCCCCAUAGUACCUAUUGACAUGUUUUUAUGUUAUUUAUAUAUAAAUUUUAUAUAUAAAACUAUUUGAACACAUUAUUCUCCUAAGUUCUUUAAGCAGUUUAUAUAUAAUUCUUCAAAACAAACUUUUCUACUAGGAUACAAAAUUAAGUUUUAACUCCUCCCCUAUAUGAAUUAUGAAACAUUCCAAAAUUACAGUCAAAUUGGAGAUGCAUUAUUUUAGUUGUAAAGAUAAAAUCUAAAUACUAGAAGUAAAGAACUGUUCAUAAAGGUCUUGGCAAGUUAUCCCAAUUAAGCUUGUUUUAAUUUAAUUUUGAUAGAGGCUCCGUGUAUUAUACUGUAUUUUUAACUGCCAUGACAUACCUCAAGAUACUUUUUAUGUUCUUUUCUCUUAUUCUUUAAUUAAUGAUUAUCCUUAAUACCAAUUUGUGGGCCAAAAUGGUUAAUUUCUUUAAGUUUUUUUAUAAAUAGAUGAAUAACCACUUUGUUUUAUGGUACCUAAUUCUGAGGUUUUUUUCAGGAUUCCCCUGAUGGUAAAUUUCCAAUUGCUUCAAGACCGGAUAGUGUGCAUUGAGUUCAUUGUCUCCCAACAUGACCAUUCCUGAGUCAGGAGUCUUAACAAUUACAUUGUUCCAAAUGAGGGAGGGAACACUUGUCAUUCUUUAGUCUCACCAGAGGAUGAUAACAUCUUUCAAAACUGUAAUCUGAUUUUUAAUCAUUGGAACCAAUAGGAAAAAUGACUGACUUGAGCUUUAUUUAUAGAAAUGAAGUUGUGCUUGCAUGUGUAUACUCUAACGCACUUUAGUCUAUGAUCUAAAUGUUCUUUGAUGCUACUAUAUUCUGCAUGCAAACAUCAGCAUGAUUGUCAGCAAGGUCCACUGAACACAGUGCCACCAGCACUUGUAGAGCCUUAUCAGAAAUAAUGCUUUCUCUUAAUUGUUUAUAACAAGCAUCAAGCAAUCCCCACAAAACAGCUAUCAAAUUCACCAAACUAGACAGUGCAUCUGUUCUAUCAUUUUAGUAUCAUAAAAGAACAUUCAUGACAUGUUUGUAAGUUGUAAAUAAUAACUCCAGUAUCAUAUCAUAUUUAUCUAAGACUUUAGAGACCAAUUCUUUUCUAGAGUGAAACUGUCUAUUAACGGUUUCUAAGAAAACUGAAUUCUUUGGCUCUUAAAUGUGGGAAAAUAUUACAUAGGGGUAUAAUCUGUUAAUAUAAGCUUUAUUUAUGCCAAGAUUUUUUUUUUUUUUAAUGUUAGGAAAAUAAUGGAAGUUGGUUAGACCAAAGUUUGCUCUUACAAGAAUGCUGUUUUAUCAGCUUCUGAACACCCUUCUAAGUCUAUGGUCCUCAAGAUCCGGUUGAUAGGAUGAAGUUUUGCAAAAUAAAGCACCACUGAGUCGUGCCUACUGUCUGGAGGAAGCAAAAUUGACUAGGCCAGUGGUUUAAAAGAUUUUUUUUUACCCAAGAAACCCCUUCUUCAAAUGAAUUGUUUCAUAGAGAAGUUCAACAUUUAAGGAAACUCUAAAGGACAGAGCUGCUCUGGUUUAAGCUCCCUACAAACCUUUCCCCAGACACUCUGCAGAGCUCAGGAGUCCAGCACUGAAAACCUUGGGCUGGAUCACUUUUUGAAUUCCCUUUGAGCAUUACAGUCUCACUUCAUUACUCCUGUUACUCCUUGCACUUAUAAGCUGGUAACCAUAGAGCAGCAAAUCACAUCUUUACAAGGCUCCUUCUAUAGUUAUCAUAUAUCUUAAGACCUUUUUAAGAACAAAUUUUUCAAUAUUGUAUGUCUGAGUGAUGAAAUCAAACACAGUUACUGCUUUUAUGUGGCCAAGUUACUGCUUAAUGGAUGAAAAGUUCAGUGUUUCAGUUACUUAUGAGCUCAGAACUCAAUUCGUUAAAAGUUAUUUUGCUGAGUCAUGCUAAGAUAUAUUGAAAUUUCCACUCAUAUUGGUUAUAUAUGUUUGGAGUCCUAAAAUUAAUACUAUGGAAAAAUCACUAAAAACAGUACAGCAUAAGAUAUGUUUAACUGGGAAGGGUGAUAACAGUAGGUACUGGAGGACCAAACUUUAGAUUAUAAAUGGAAAGUUCUAAGUUAUUUUAUAUUAGAGUGGAUCAGUAUUACUAUUUAUCAUUUAUAUAGCAUUUUAUAUUUGCAAAGUAUUUAAUAAUUUUUAUGUUAUUCUUUACAUAUCUAUGAAAUAGGACAUUUAUCACAUGAAAGGUAAAGAAAUUGAGGCACAGAACAGUAAAGCAACCUGCCUAAGACAACCCAGUGAAACAGUGGCAAAAAUAGGAAUUAGAAUGAUCAGAUUUUCUGAAUCCUAGAAUAUCAGCUUAAAUCACUGAGGUGUGUUGUGUAUUACUCUAUUUUAUGAGUUUAUGCAAAUAACAGUCAAUUGUUUUAAAGCUUACGUCAUUGUAUGUGGAUAAAUCCUAUACAGAAUAAAUAUUAUGUAAAGGAUGUGACUUUGGUUACAAGAGUUUCAAUGAUAAAAAUUCAGGUUGUCACACAAGUGGCAUUAUUUAGCCAAUUUUAUAUAUUGUGAAGUAUAAUUAAUAUUUUAUUUUGAUACAGGAGUUUCUCAACUAUUCAUGCCAAUUGAGCCAUGAAUAGACCAGAAAAAUGAAAUCCACAGAGAAUCUAUAAACUUCAUUUUCUAACUUGUCAGCCUUCUCCCUAAAGUACCUGUGUUAAUGCCAAUGAAAAGUGAACUAUGUUAAUAAGCCACACACAGGAGAAGCCAGGGGACUCUUAAUUUUAUUUUUUUUGGCUGCACUGGGUCUUCGUUGUGGCGCGCCAGCUCAGUAGUUGCUUAGUUGCCCCACGGCCUGUGGGAUCUUAGUUCCCCGACCAGGCAUCAACCCCGUGUACUAUGCAUUGGAUGGCAGAUUCUUAACCACUGGACCACCAGGGAAGUCCCGGGACUCUUAACUUUUAAAUGCAAAAUAUUUUGAAAUGUUCUACUUAAAAGCAUGAUAAACACUUUUCCCUGCCUCUUUUUAUUUUCUUCACACCAGCAAAAGCCAUUGGAUACUUCAUCAUCUUUAGAUAGGAAACCAGUGACCAGGGUAAUGCCAGUCAUCUCUUUACCUUUGGGCUUGAUUAGAUCAUUUGCAAACAUUAUUAAAGACAACUUGUAAAGUAUAUCUAAGAACUGAUUAUACUUUCCUUCACUCUUUCGGAUUUCUAGAUACACAGAUCCAUUAUAUAGUUUCUUGAUUUCCCCAUUGGGAAAAUCUUUUAAUUCCUUGUUGAUAUUAUUUACAACUACUUAAUUCUUUUAUUGAGUAACUUAUUUUAUUCAGCCUAUAAGGGAAAAAAAUGGAACAUUUUUACCUAGAUAGUAGUUCUCAACCUUGGCUGCACUUGAGAAUCACUUGUGGAAAUUUUAAAAAUACAGAUGCCUAAGUAAAGCAGAAUCUCUGGCACAUGGGGCCUGGAUACAUUUUUUUUUUUAUCUUUCCAGUGUUUUUUAUGUGCAAAAUAGGUCCCCUAGUCAAGGUUCCCCUCUGUUCUCCCCAGAUAGAUAGAUGCUAAAGUUGGGCAGUGGAACCAUUUCACCUUCCAGUCCACUGGUUUGCAACCCUAUCAUUAAGGAAAAAAAAUUAAAAUAUGGUUGCCCAGUCCAAGAAAAUAUUGUUUUUUGUGAAAUUUUAAGAUAUUGUGUAUGUCCCCUCAUCUAAAGUUUUUAUUAGGGUCAAACAGUAUGGACACUAAAUUAAAAUAGCCCAUUUUUACUUUGAGAUGUAUUUGCAUUUUUAUUUGAUCAUGGGUUGCAGUCUGGGAAUUCACACAGUAAUUCAGAGUAAUAAAAGAACUAUAUUAGGAAUAUGUGACUGAAAUACUAUAUCCUGAAAUAUUGCAAGCUUUAAUGUUUUCUUUGCUUUUGAAAAAGAAACCAGAACACUCUCCAAGCACUGUGAAACUUAAUUGCUACACAUUAGUAUUCCAUCAAUGAAUUGAAUUAAAUCAGUUUUUAUUCAAGUUAAAUGCCAUACCAGAGAAACCAAGAAAGAUGUCUUAUUUAAAGAAGCCUUCAGAUUACUUUGGAAAGAAAAAUAAAUGUCUUUGCUUUACUUCAAGUAUUGCCAUUAAAAUUUUUUUUUGGAAAAUAACUUGAAACGACUUGGGCAUAAAGCACCAUCCUCAUUCCCAUAAUUGAGGUUAUGUAUGCAAUUCAAACAUGACAAGUAUAUCCAUUCAGUAGUAUUGUAUAUGCAGACACCAUUGCUUAAUCUCCUACCAAAAAAAAAAUCCAAUAAGGAAGUGGCACUUUCUUGCAUAAUUCAAAAAGGUUAAACGCUGAAAUACAAGAAGAUAAUGUGUCUUCUGUUGCAUAUUUGAGUUGAUUUUAAACUUUUUUUCCCCUGGAGGAAAAAAAUCCACAAGGAAUACAGCAGUGGAAAACGGCACCUGCACCAGACGCUGUAGUAUUUGGAGGCCGUGUUAAAAAAUGAAAGCCCUGUGUUUUCCCCUAAGCAGCAGCAACAUCUAUUCACGCUCAGGCGGAUGACCACGUGGCUUCAUCUUAUUUUCAGGAGGACUGCACCAGUGAGUGGGGUUAAGGAGUAGCAACCUUUACUUUUCCUUUUCAGUCCUGUUUCCCGCACAACUACUUUUCCUGGAAAGUUAUCACAGAGUCCAGCAGCGAGACCCCCGUAGAGAACCCCACAGUUCCCCGUAGAGGCCCCGACAUACCAGACACCCCUAAAGCUAAAUUCUGGGGGGGCAAGAUAAAUAGGAAACGCUGUGUUGUGUGCAGUGUGCACCCGAUUGAGCCGCUAUUUGCCGGGUCCCUACUCGAUCCAAGGCCGCCGAGGUAGGCACACAUGCCUCGCCAUUUAAAACAGGAGGAAACUGAGGCUUGAGAACUGACCCCAAAGUCAUUGAGUCCAGCCCACGCAGUGGGUUGGCUAGCGGUGCCCGAAACCGCCGCCCUACCGCCAGGGGGAGCUAGUGUGCUUUACCUCUACUCUCGGUUCCCAUAGUGCAGUCUGUGCGUCACAGAGGGUCACUGGCUUGGGCGUCCCCCCCCAUUCCUCCCCCGCCAUCACACAGAGUGGGGAUCGCGCCCUUGGCCUCGCUGCUGCUGGAAGAGAUGUACCGGAUGACAGCCUGACUCUCCAGAUUCUGCAGGCACUUCACUGAUGUUUUUUAGUUUACCUGUCUUGCCUCCCUCCCCUCCUUCCUUUCUUUUUCAGGGAGUCGUAACUCUUCUACUGAGCAACAAAUGUUUUAGCCUGACAGCCAGGUGAGGUAGGUACUACUGUAUUAUGGCAGAUGAAGAAACUGAGGCUUAGAGUGGUGAAAAGACUUGGCCAAGUUCAGAAAAUUUGGGAAGUUUCAAGAAGGAAACUGGAAGGAGAGGCCUUGACUCCUACCUUUAGGUAACAGACAUACAUAUAAACAUCCACAUGUUGGAAGAUGAGGCAUUUGUAGUGACUUCGGGAACCCUUGUCACAUGCAAGGGAGAGAAAUGAAAUAAAGUCCUGGGGGAAUUUUACAUUCCAGCUGGAGAGACAUACACAUAUGGCCAAUGACGAUGUGUGGUAGAAAGUACCAACAGCCAGAAGUACAUCCAUUUAUUCACCCAACCAAUGUCUCAAUAUCUACCAAGCACCCAGAUUCCUAAAUGGAAUUCAGACAAAAAAUUUGGGCGGGGAGAGUAUCACAUUUAUUAAUUUCGUUUUUACUCAAAAAUAAAUAGAGAUAACAAAAAAUGGUCCUUAAUGCCAACACGUAAAAUAGCAAUGCUAUAUUUAAAAGGAAAAAAAAAGAUGAUUUUGAGCUACGCCUUGAAUAAUGGAAAGAACAUCCAAUUAGGAGACACAAUGAAAGGAAAAGAGAAAUGAUCAGUAUAACUAAGGAAAACUAGCAAAUAGUUGAGCACAGGGGAUGGAAGUGUAAGAGGAGUUCAAGAAAACUCCAAUGUGGGCUGUGGAAGGAUAAGGGCACUGUUGAUAGAAACAAGGAACUCAGAAUUUGGAUAUGAAAACACGACAUUAAAGAUCUCUCCCUAAGGAGCAUGUCACCAGAGGGCUUUGGAAUCAGGAAGAACUCGAAGCAUCACUGAAACAGACCAUUAAAAGAUGGAAGGUACAAGGAAGGUACAAAUAAUAACCAGAAGCCAGUUCCCUUGCUCCUUAAGGUGCUUCCAACUUAAAAGCAGAGUUGACUACUACAUACGUUAGCUGACUUAAGGAACUUUAUGAAAUUGUUGUAAAACAAAGAGAAAAAGAAUCUGCACAAGAAUUCAAAGGUAGGAACUGGUGAGUUGUAUGGUGUGAACUUUGAUGGUGGGUGAUGGUGGGCGGGCUGCACUGGUACUGAGAGAAGACUUGGAGAGGCCAUGGGAACAUAAAGGCAGAAACAAAGUUACCCUAUAAUUGAUUCAUUUUUCUUCUCAUUGUGACACACCCCUUGAAUGGUUAAUACUUCGAGCUGCAAGGGAAUCAGGAUGGGACAGUAAAAUGGGAGUCCUGUAGAAGGGCACCCAGCUUGGCAUAAAGGGACAGGCACAGCUUUUGAAAACAGCUCAACUCUGAUAUGGAAGAAAGAAAACUAGACUAACAUAGGAAAGAUUUGGAGUAGAGAAGCAGGAAAGGAAAAAGUCUGAAGAGAAAGCAGGAGGAGAAGCAGAAGGGAGUGGCUUUUGUUUGCCCUUCUUAAUAAACAAGAGACUGGCAGAAUGGCACUGGCUCCACGGUUAUCCUUAGGCUGGUCACCCCCUAACCAAGCGCUGUGGCCUUUUUAAAAAAUUAAAAGGUGAAAAAGUAAGGGGGCUGUUAGCAUUUAAGCUUGUCCCAAUAAUAGUACUAGCCCUCACUGAGCAUUACUAUGUGCCAGGCACUGUCUUGAGUUUUAUGUGUAUACAUUUAUUUAAUUCUCUCAACAACUAUUGUCACGAGUUAAAAUUUGGAAAUUGAGGCGCACGGAGAUUCAGCAACAUGCCCCAAAGUGGAUAGUUAGUAAGUGCUGGAACCAGGACUUGAACCCCCAUGAUCUGGCUCCAGUUUGUGCUGUUAACCACUGCACCCCCAAAAUCCUCAAAAUAAAACUGUUAGCAGAGUAGUGUUUAAAUUCCAAAGUUCCAAGUAUAAUUCCAAAAUUACUCCCUUUCUCUUCUUACAAAAUAAGAUUCUUAACUAUGGUAGCAAAGCUGGGGACACCUGGUCUGUGAGUAGUCACCAUCUCCAUUUCAGAGUUGAAGAAACCCAGCCUCAGAGAGGUUCAAGAAAUUCCCCAAAGUCAUAUAGCUAGUGAGUGACAUGGUCAGGAUGUGAAUCCAUGACUCUAAUGUACUUAAAGUUUGUAUUUGGAAGUAAUUUAAAAAACACACACACGUGUAUUUAUUUGGCAAUGGGAAAAAAUAAUAUAAAUCCACUAUUUUCUACUGUCUUGUCCUGAUACGAGAUAUUUCUAUAGUCAAAAUGUUUUUGCUAAAUAACAUUAGCUUUUGAACUUUUAGAGUAUGUGUCAGAGAAAAUGAGACAGCCAUUGUCAAUCAUCUAUUUUUGAGUUGCACCUUACAAAUAUCACCCAAAUGUGGAGUGUUUCCUUAUAUAUAAAACUUGAGGGCUUCCUUGGUGGUGCAGUGGUUAAGAAUCCACCUGCCAAUGCAGGGGACACAGGUUUGAGCCCUGGUCUGGGAAG